UUAUCUCCUAAAUAUCUAGCUUUAAGCAAAAGCUAAAAAUCAUCUAAUUUAAGGAAAUUUACGGGAUUUAUUGCUUCUAUAUCACCAAUAAAUGAUGCGACAGGAGCGAUGGAGGCCAAUAGCGAGAGAGGCAGCGAUGCGAUAGUGAGAGAGGCGGCAUUCGACAGGCGAUAUCCGACGGCGACUGAAAUGGGGAAGAAUCGAAGAGGUUUUGAUGGCAGGAAACUCUCAUGUAAAGACAAGAAUACUAAAUAGGCUUAAUGGCCACAAUUAUCAAAUGGUUUUGCAACUGUCUGAGGAGUUCAAGAAGUUGGAAAAUGAUCCUGUUGGGUUGGUAAUUGUAAAGGCAAAUGGAAAAGUAUUUUUUCUGGAGGAGAUGUUAUUGAAUAUUAUCAUUACGCGCUUACAGAACUCAAAGGUUUUGGUAGAGGAAAAUGUUUCGGCAACUCGGCAAGCUUUUUUGCAGUUGCAGAACUCAAAGGUUUUGGCAGAGGAAAAGGUUUCGGCAACUCGGCAAGUUUUUUUGCAGUUGCAGAACUCAAAGGUUUCGGCAGAGGAAAAGGUUUCGGCAACUCGACAAGCUUUUUUGCAGAAUUCGGCAGAGGAAAAGACACGGUUUUUUAAAAAUAAAACAUAUAGGUAUUAGGUAAAUAAGUUAAGUGGAUUGUAGAAUAUGGGCCUAUUAAGCUAUUAAUUUUCAUUAACACAAACUCUAAAAAAAUGGGCCCUAAAAAAUAUGAGGUCUGAGUCCAUUGACUCUGUAGCCUCAUGCAAGGAGCGGCCCUGGAAGCAGGUGUAGGGUAUUAUCCAGAUGUUGGAGCAUCUUAUUUUCUUUCUAGGCUUCCGGGUUUCUUUGGUUAUCACUUAAUUGACAACUCUAUGGUCACAUAUACUUUGUGAUUAUAUUGAAAAUAUAUUGUGAUUGUUCAUUUUAGGGGAAUAUAUUGGCCUUACUGGUGCAAGACUGAAUGGUGUUGAGAUGGUAGCAUGUGGACUUGCCACUCACUUUGUUCCU